AUGUUGAGUGCCUGUGGCAUUCAAUGCUUCUGGACUGACCUGUAUUCUAGUGAGCGUUCGGAAGGUGUUUCCCCAGUUAAUAUUUCACUCACGGCAAAGCUCAAGGCUGAACCGGAGGACUUCAUUGUUGUGGAAAUUGAUCCUAAAGGACAGCGCACUAAUGAUGAAAAUUAUCACUUCUUCAAUUCAUUGACAACAGAUGGUGCCGGUGGCCGCACUGACAUUAGGGAAGACAGGGGUACCUUUGUUCGAUCAGGGAUCAAUGACGACGAAGAGGCUGAGAAGCGGUUCAUUGAGAGCCAAUUUCAGCACACUAACUAUGAUGGUAUCGGCUUCGAUGAGGCAGCCCCGUCACAUUUUUCGCUGUCAGGUCGCAUUAUUUUUAUCCUUCGAGAGCUUGAGGUAUUUAUUCAGAGAGAUCAUUGCGAGGCUUUGAUGAUAACAGACCGUGCUGAGCACUUGACCGCUGAGGAAUUGCCCUUUUUAAUUGAGCAUAUCAAGACAGGACGCCCAAACUUGAGAGUACACUGGUGGGAGAAGGAGUGGGUGUUGAGGAUACCAGGGUCCCAUUCUUUAGAUAAAAUACAACGUCGUCUUUUCUACAAUUAUAUCCGCUCGUGUUUUCCACACGUCCGCUCUCGAAUUUUGUCUGUUUCCGAUAUCCCUACUGUAUCAUCGUUAGGGGAUGCGCCGAGCAAAGUUGACGUUGAGCGGGAAAGUGAGGACAGUGAUUUGCAGGCUGCACAUCUCUUGGUGGGUAUUGAUCCUCAUUACAUAUUUUUAACCUUCUUAUUUGGCCGUAAAGUAUCUGAAACGCUGAUAGAAUGGUCUCGGCUACAUCAACAAGACCUUCUCAAUUUAGAGACCCCUGAUAUACAAACGGAGUGGCAGGCGAUAGAACAGUACCUUUGUAUUAAACAAGAAGCACAGUCCUCUCUUACCUCGACUGUUUCGUCAUCUUUGUCCCGUAUUCAUGUGGGGACUUCUUUUCAGACGCACUUUCGGAGUUCUCUCUUUCCACUGGCUGACGACAGGAGCCGUAGCGCGAAUCAGGUGGAUUGCAUAUCGGAAAAGGAUCUUCGUCGAUUAUUUCACGACCACCUCCGAAGAUUUUAUCCAUUUGUUAAAUGUCACGUAUCGGAUGGUAAGCUUACCCUUAAAAGGCUCGUGAAUCAGCAACCAAAUUCGCGGAAGCGACCCCGAUUAUCAGUUUCCGACGAGGCCGGCAAACUUGAUGAGAGAGGAUCCAGUCAGCAGAUAUUUAAUGGCGAAGUAUUGCAUAGCUCCAAUGGACACAAUACCACUUGGAAGGCGUACACCUAUUUGAUUGUUUUUAAACGCAAUCUCGAUGUGAUGGAGAUGAAGCAAUUGGUCGCGGAAUACUUUUCUGUCUCACCAUCCUGUGUUUGCACUGCAGGUCUCAAGGACAAGAAGGCCAUCACGUACCAACGCGUAUCAGUACCGGGUUGGUACCCUGAUCUUCUUUUGCUUCGUGAAAAAGAGUUCCCCCCACAAAGAAUGGUGCUUCCGUGGUUGAGCGACCCGCAGCGGAGCUACGCACGGAUUCACAACAUCGCGUCGGAGCCCUAUUCUUCACCGCUCCAAAUUGGACAUCUUCGUGGAAAUUACUUUGUAAUUCGCUUACGACAGGUAAAAAUCCUGCAUGAUGUUCAAGAGGUGAAUGUACUUGGACCAAAGAACGGCCUACAGAGUAUUCGAGACCUCACCAUACGUACUCUUCAGGAACGCUUUCAGUGUGUCCAUAUGAACGGGUUCGUUAAUUAUUUCGGACAACAACGCUUUAGUGAGUCAAUUACUGAUAUUCAGGAUCACACAGGGCUACAUUUGUUCGCGGGGCGGUGGCCAGAGGCGGUAAAGAGCAUCUAUCGGGCUUGCCCACAGAUACACGAAGCGUUUCCCGACCUGAUGGAGGCGCGCCACGUGCCGAAGAAUGCUAGGGAUGCACAGAUCAUGACCAAUGCACUCCACCGAACCUAUCGGAUGUAUUUCUCGGAACAUCCCCUAACGCGCGCGGAUGUACAAGAAAAGAGCGCACUCUGGUGUCUUAUCUGUCAGAAGGCCAUUACAGAAUCCGUCCCAUUUGCGCAUCGUUCCAUGUGGAUUCACGCGGCGCAGAGUCUGUACUUUAAUAUUGCCGCUUCCUAUGUUGCUGGCCAUUUUCGCAAUAUCCAAUCAAAGCAUCACGAAAAAAAUUGUGUAUCUUAUAGCAACGACGCUAGCGGUUUUAAUAUGCGUGCCGCACAGGAUUUGAAGCUGCCGCUUGGGGGGUACCACACCAGGGAAGGAAGGAACGAUUCGACGCGGAGCAGCUCUCCACAAGUGGAAGAUCAAUCUUUGUGGUUGGCAGAGGUCGAAAGACAUGCUCUGGAGGUUCUGGCACUCCCUCGGGAAGUUAUCUUCGGUCAAUCAAAGGUUGCAGGGGUUCCUGUGCCUGGCUCUUGGAGGCAGCUGAUCGUCGUACCUCAGGACGCACAGCUUGAAAUAAUUGAGCAGCCACCAUCUUUUGAAGUUUUAGAUCCUGAGAGUGUGGAUGCAGUGGUGUCCUUUAGCUUACCGUCAUCUAGCUAUGCAACGAUAUGCUUACGUGAAAUUCUUCACAACAGCAAUUGGUUUUGA